AUGGCCGAAACUAAGCCACAAACUCCGGAGCGUGUCCGGGUCGCCAUUUGUGGAGGUGGCAUUGGCGGUCUUACCAUGGCCGCUGUCCUUCGCCGGCUAGAUAUAUCCUACGUUGUCUUGGAGCGAUAUGCACAGAUUACCCCCCAAGGAGCUGGAAUAUCGCUCGCUCCCAAUUGCUUGCGCGCUUUAGAUCAGCUCGGGAUUUUUGAGAAGCUGGCCAAGCAUUCAGAGGUGCUGCGCGAAGUCCAUGUCUACAGAAACAACGAGUUCUGGGGUUCCCAGAAAUUUGGAAUGACCAACGAGGCAUUUGGAUAUUAUGUGCACAAGAUUGAGAGACACCGGUUUCACCAUCUGUUGCUGGAGGCAGCAGGCGGUAAUGAUGUCGUUCGAUUGGGCUUCAAUGUGAACGACGUUGUCGAUGAAGCAGAUGCUCCUUAUGCUAUUGUCAGGGCCGAAGAUGGUCGAGAGGUUCACGCCGACAUCAUUGUCGGUGCUGACGGCAUUCGCAGUUAUACUCGCCGAGUUUUGGCCGAGAAAAGCGGAAUGAAGGCAACAAACACCAUACGAUUUACUGGCAGAGUCCAUAUGUCUGGAUACACGGAACCAUUGACACAUUUAACUACUAAGGAUGAGGGUAUUGGCCACUGGAUGUUGUAUGACGACGCAAUUCUUACCACCUGGCCAUGCAAGGACAACAGGCAGUGGUUUAUUGGUGUUGCGGCAGCAAAGCUAAAGCCAGGCGAGCAGCCCGAUCGAUCUGUGUGGAAAAACGCGACCAAGGACACGAUUAACGAAGUUUACGGUGAACGGUUCCACCCAUUUGGUGUGGAGUCCAAGAUGAAAUCAAUUGUCGACGCUUCUGAGCGUGUUAUUGCUAGCAACGUUUUCAUGGAGCUCGAGGUCCCACACAUGGUGAAAGGAAGAAUCGUUCUUGUCGGAGAUGCCGCUCAUUCAAUGACAUCAUUUUUCGGUCAGGGCGGAUGUCAAGCCAUCGAGGACGCUGUGGAGCUCGGUAACGCCUUGCACGAGCAUUUCCAUCUCAAUGACCCCACUGCCUUUGACAGAUACUCUGAAGUCCGCCAGAAAAGAGCAAAGGACCUCGUCCAGUUCUCUGAUAACUUCGCAAAGGUCCAUACAGCCAGACUUCCAUAUGGGCUCGGGCCUUUGGUGAGAAAAAUUAUUUACAAAUACGUCCCUACCAGUGUCUGGGUAUGGUAUUUCGAAUGGCUCUUCAACUACCAGCCAGUCAUUAAGUACCCACUGCUGGAUAUUCCUGCUGGUCAGGCAACUUCCGCUUAA